CUCAGCUCAGACGAAGCUGAAGCCGAACGAGCAAGUGAGACUGCUGAGGUGAUACUGGGAGAUGGAGAUGCGCCGCGACUUCGAGGUGGUCCAUAGUCGUAAGGCUGACCAGGGAGGUAUGGUCCAGGAUACAUGGGAACGGGCAUACUUGGCAUGGCAAAUUGUGGAGGAGGGGGCAGGAAAGGUGCAGGGGCGGUAUCUUGGGGACUCAUAUUGAUGAAAUGGGACAUGUGGUCAUAGUAUGCGGUGGCAGGAUCGAUGUAGACAGGAUGUUGUUGAUUUUGAUGCUGAUACAGAGGUUGAUCAUGGGUAGUAGGGUGAUACAUCAUGGGAGCGGUUUCGCCAAACUGUCUGAACGGCGACAUGAGGGGUUUGAAUUCAUGGGCGGAGCCGGGUGGUGCAGGGAGGGAAGAGGCCGAGAUGGGGUUUUGGGAAUCAGAUACAACGGGAGUACGUUCUUCCUCGGAACGAGGCAGUGCAGGAGGAGUAGUGUGAUCGGCUUGUUCGGGGUGGUUGUUGGCGGCGGUCGAGGUGGAAGUAUUGUUGUCAUUGGAAAAGAGGGCAGGGUCUACACUGUAAUCGGUAUAAGCAAAAUCGAAACUGUCCAGAGAAUGAGCAGAGAGAUCAUAGGCCAUGUCGUGAAGACCGGAGACAUGAGGUGUACUUGGAGCAGUGUGCGAGUACGCAUCGUGAUUGAUGUAUGCGGAUGGGGAUGUGAAGUCCGUUGCCACGGCAGCUGGCACCGGUAUCGGGUGGACGAUGGUGGCCGAUUCAUGUUGCUUGGGACGUGUGGGAGUGGUGUUAGAGGUGGAGGGAGCAGUUGGAGAAAGCUGCUCAGGACGUGUGAACAUGACAGGGGAUGUAUGA